CAGUAGGUAAAGUUCUAUUCUCACAGUAGAUUUCACUAUCAUCUAGUAUUGGGACGAGUGCUGCCCUGAGGUGUUGUAUCCGGCGAUAAGUAGUGGAGCUUGCUGGUGGAUUUGGAGGAACAGUAUUAGGACAAAAUGAAAAUUGAAGUAUUACUGAUAACGACAUGUUUGGCUCUUGCGGUAGCAGCACCCCAACGGACGGAAGCCGAGGCCGAAAUCGUCUCCCAAGAUAGCAACAUUGAUCCAGAUGGUUCUUAUCAGUAUAGUUACGAGACGGCCAACGGCAUUCGCGGACAAGAGCAGGGAACGCUCAAACGUGCCAACAGCCCAGACACCAGCGACGUCAUCGUAGCCCAGGGUUCGAUCACCUACACAGCCCCGGAUGGACAGGUCAUCUCGCUGAGCUACGCCGCCGACGACGAGAAUGGAUUCCAACCACAGGGUGACCAUUUGCCCACCCCGCCACCGAUUCCACCGCAGAUUCAAAAGGCACUUGAUUACCUGGCCAGUCUUCCACCCGCAACACGACGGCGGUGAAGCGUUUAACUUGACUACGCGACGGUCUGAUGGAUUACAUGUACUAAGUGCCGAUGGAGUGCAUUAAAGGAGUGCGGCACGCGACCAAUACUCAAUUUGAUAAGCAUAUGAUUUUGUUUUUAUGUUUUGUUUUCAUUCCGCAUCAAUCAGAGUCGGAAUGGUGACUGUCUCACCAAAGUUCCGAUAGUUUAUGUUUUGUUAAUUCGAGCUUAAGGCAAACCGUUCGAGCAUAAACGAACCAAGAUAAAAAUAAGAAUUUCGUGUUCAAGUGAUUUUAUCAUCCAUCGAAUGUGUUGAUUACUCGAAGAAAGGGUAUUUACUAUUAUUAUAUCACUGUUCAAAGGCGUUAAUAAAAUCGCAUGUUGAAAAUACAAA